CUGCCCUUCCCUACAUUUCUACUGACAUUCCUCCAAUCUCUGCCUACCAUGUUUGUGCUUGGCAGAUGUCAUGGAUGCUUCUUGUUUGGUAUUUUGAGCGUACAAUUGAGCAAAAGAAAGAAAGAAUUUGAUUCCCAUCUGAAUUAUUUUUAUUUGGUAAUCGAUUCAUGGUUUAAUUUAGUAUAUUUUGAUGUGGAUGGGUCUUAGCCUCUGUUGUUGGUAGUAAAUGCUUGCUAUUAAUAAUCGAAAUUAUUUUGAUUUUGAAAUUCAGAUUUAUUUAUGGAUUUCCAAUCUGUCGUUUCAUUUGGGAUUGGGAUAAAAAGAGAAAGGAGUAAUUUUCUGGUGCUAGGCUUAGCGGAAGGAAUUGGCGGGCAUAGGCAGUUAGGCUUAGCUGUCGAUUAGUAUUUUUUGUUGCUUUAAUUUUCGAGGUUGGCAUUGCGAAGUUGCCAUAAAUGUGAAUGUGAAAAGGGUCAUUGCGAGGGUCUAAUGUCGUCGUCUAGCUUUCUAUAUCCAUCUCUCUCAGAGCAAUGUAUGGCGUAAAAUUUGGGGGAUUGCAGUGUGAGGGGGGGUUGGUGAGUGGUGACUUUUGUAUGGGAAGCUCAGCGUUUUUGCAUCUUUCUCAAGUUUUGCUUCUUGGAGGGUAGAUUGUCUUUGGGAGUGGAUUCUAAGCAAAGACUGGUUAUAGAUUAACAGAAAGAAAACUCCCUCAUUUAUUGUUCACCCCAACGGUUCAAAAGGAAAGAAAAAAAGAGUAUGGAUUAAAACGAGAGUUGGAUUGUGUUGGGGUUGAAGAUGGACAGAAGGAGUUGGCUGUGGAGAAGAAAGUCUACAGAGAAGAGUCCAGGUGAAACUGAUAGUUCAGGAGGUUCCAUUUCAUCUUACUCUGAGAGAUUCUCUGAUGAGCAGGCUGGCGCAACUCAUAGUUCUCAAUCACUGGAAGUCACAUCAAAAGCAGUACCCAUAGAUGAAGAAGUUAAUGAUAAUGUGAAGUCUCUAACAGAGAAAUUAUCUGCUGCUCUUAUGAACAUCAGUGCCAAAGAAGACUUGGUAAAGCAGCAUGCUAAAGUUGCAGAAGAAGCAGUGUCAGGCUGGGAGAAGGCUGAAAAGGAUGUGUUGGCUUUGAAGCAACAGCUUGAUGCUGCUAUUAAGAAAAAUGCAGCACUUGAAGAUCGAGUUGGUCAUCUUGAUGGGGCACUGAAGGAAUGUGUCAGACAACUUAGACAAGCUAGAGAAGAGCAAGAACGGAGAAUCCAUGAAGCUGUUGCCAAGAAAUGUCAUGAAUGGGAAUCUUCAAAGUCUGAACUUGAGAGUCAGCUUGUGGACCUCAAGGCUCAACUUCAAACCACAAAAAGCGAGACUGCUGCCUCAGUUGAUCCUGAUCUUCAUCCAAAGCUCCAGGCUUUUGAGAAAGAGAACUCAGCCCUUAAACUUCAGCUCCUUUCUCGAGCUGAGGAGCUACAACUUAGGAUUAUUGAGAGGGACCUGAGCACCCAAGCAGCUGAAACUGCCAGCAAACAACAUUUGGAUAGCAUAAAGAAGUUGGCUAAGCUUGAAGCUGAGUGCCGCAAGCUAAAAGUCAUCGCUCGGAAAGCAUCCCAUGCUAAUGAUCAGAAAUCUUACGCUGCCUCCUCAAUUUGUGUUGAAUCUUUUACUGAUAGCCAAUCAGAUAGUGGGGACAGGCUACUUGCAGUUGAAACUGAUAUGCGCAAGAUGAGUGGGUUGGAGAUGAAUGAAUGUGAGACAAGCCGCUCAGAAGCAUGGACAUCUGCCCUAAUUACAGAACUUGAUCAAUCUAGGAAUGAAAAGGCCGUUGGAAGAAACAUAAUGGCCCCUUCAGUAGAAAUCAAUCUCAUGGACGAUUUUCUUGAAAUGGAAAGGCUUGCAGCUUUGCCAGAUACAGAAAGUGGAACUGGUUUUAAUGAGGCUGGUCUUGUAUCUGAUCAAACCAGUACAGUUGAAAACCCAUUAAAGGCUGAAGUUGAAACCUUUAUCCACCGGAUUGCUGAACUAGAGGAGAAGCUAGCAAUGACAGAAGCAGAAAAGUUGGAAUUGAAGUUGGCUUUCAAUGAAUCUCAAAAGCAGCUUGAAACAUUGCAGAAUCAACUAAGGGAAACUGAGACAAAGUUGGCAGAUCUUCAAACUCAAUUAGCUCUUGCUGACAACUCAAAGCAAGCCACAGAGGAGGAAGUAAAAGUUGCAAAUAUGAAUAGAGAAGUGGCAGAGUCAAGAUUUAGAGAUGCUGAAAUUGAAAUAAAGACUUUACUGUCCAAAGUUACUUCAUUAGAAGAAGAGGUUGGAAGGGAACAAGCAUUGUCUGCCAAAAACAUGAGCAAAUGCAAAGAAUUGGAGGAUGAACUUUCAAAAUUGAAAUGUGAAGCCGAGCUCCGACUUGAGGCAGAGUGCCAGCUUGUGGCUAGUUACAAUGAAGAGUUGAAGGCGCAGCAGGACAAGGAGCUAGCAAUUGCUGCCACUAAACUUGCUGAAUGCCAGAAGACAAUUGCUUCUCUUGGCCAGCAGUUGAAAUCCCUUGCUACGCUGGAAGAUUUCCUGAUUGACUCUGAUAAGCCGCUGGAGCUUGGGGAUGGAGGAUUACAAUGUCCCAAAAACGGUGAGGGACAACCGAAACCGGGUUCUACUUAUAUGGAUUUUUCAAAAAGAGGCACUGAAUCUUCUAAAUUAAUUGGUGAGAAUGUUAACCGUUCACAGAAUGGCAAUGCUGUGGGGUCAACAUUACCACUAAAACCAGUCACUGCCUCUGACAAAAGUCGAACUGGUUUCGGGAAAGUUGUCCCACGGAGUAGGAGUGGGAAACAGGUCUGAGUAUCUGUUGUCAGUCAUAUUUGUAUGUAGACCAAAAUCAUUAAACUUAAAAAAUUUUCCAUCAACAGGUGUAUCUAAAUACAUGAUUACUCAGGGUGAACAGAUUAUUAUUGAAAGAAAAUAUAGUAUACAUAAAAUAUAUAAUUAUGGCAUAUUCUUUUCCA